GCCAGUAAAGUGGUCGAACAAAUUAGAUAUUUCAUCAAUAACUACAAAUGAUGCUUAAAAAUAUAUAAUUUUUCUUAAAUAAUAAAGGAAAAGUGGAAAUUAAACAAUUGUAAAAAUGUGCGCCCAUCAGUGAGAGAUUUGUUGAAUCACUGGAACGGGUAAAUUCAAUAAUGUCAAAGUGAUUGUUGGAUAUAUGAUCUAAGAGCUGAAAUGCCAUCAUAAUAAAUGAGACGGAGAAAUGCAUAGAUACGAUUUUGUUUGUCGACGUUUGCAAAAGCAUACGAAAUAGCUAGAAAUAGCAAAACAAAGUAGGUAUAGUAGUGCAAAAGAAUUGAACACCUAGAGAAAAAUAUUAACAAAGUGAUCAUUGAAUUUGAAGGUUGAAGUGGUACUAGCAGUGACGUCCGAUUUAAAGCGUUUAUGAUAUACCGUGUAUAAUGUGUUGAGUUUAGAAAUACCCUUUUGAUUAAAUCUUCCACAACCCAAAGCUAUUGAAAAAUAAAAUAAAAUAUGUACCGAGGAGACUUGUGGAGAAGAGGAGAACGAGUGAAAAUGGGUGUUAACUACUGCGACGCUAUUCAAUUUCUCUAUUCCUUUUUAUAUGUGAAACAGUUUGGGAGUGCAAAGGAUAAUUGAAAUAGGAGUUUGUGAAAUGCGAAAUAAAGUCGUGAAAUGAUGCAUACAGUGUUGUUAAAGCACUACAGAAUUUCUGCAUUGAGCAGAGAUAGCAAUUUGUGUAAAAUAUGAAAAUUAUAUGAUAUUAAGCGAUAUAUAAGAGUGUAAAUAUUAUAUAUGUAUACAUCAAUACUUACCUACAUGCCUGCAGAAUUUAAUACUGAAAAAUAGUGCUAGUUCUGAAAAGAUGUAUGUACAAAUACAGAUAUAUGACUAUUUUAAAAGGAUAAUAAAAGAAGCUAAACUAACGUUUGUGAUGCUUCUAUAUUUUUGCUGAUGUUAUGUUAAUGUUCAUUUAUGUAAAUAAUAGAUUUUACAGUUUUUUUCUUUGAGAAAAAAUUGUUCUACUAUUAUACCUACAUACCUACAUAGUAUGUAUUAAAAAUUUUAGCACCAACCGUUGGCUUACGUGAAUGUGGAAACAAAUUAAUUUGUUUUCAACAGUUGCUAAAACUUGCAAAUUUCCAGCGCAAGUAUAUACAAAAUUUUGUUGAUAAAAUUCAAAACUUGAGUGACUGAAAAUGCCGCCAGCAGCKUUAAUUGGCAUUGCAGAGUUUGUGGAGGAAACUCGCGAUGAUUAUAAUUCUCCAACAACAUCCACAUUUGCAUCCAGAAUGCCUGAUUGUCGUCAAACUAUGGCUGUACUAGAAGAGCGUCUUGAAUUCGAUCGGGAAGGUCUAACAAAAUUGAAAAAAGCCGUGAAAGCGAUACACAAUUCCGGAAACACACAUGUGGACAAUGAAAUGUUUCUGGUGGGCGCUUUGGAGCGCCUUGGCGGCAAGGUGAUUGAUCAAGAUGAACCGGAUAUCGGUGCUGCAUUUCUCAAGUUCUCCGUCGUCACAAAGGAGCUUAGCGCUUUAAUGAAAACCCUGAUGCAAAACAUCAAUAACAUCAUCAUGUUUCCGGUGGAUUCAAUGCUGAAGAGCGAGCUGCGUGGUGUGAAGGGCGACAUGAAACGACCUUUCGACAAGGCCGCAAAGGAUUACGAAGCGAAAUUCAUAAAAAUCGAAAAAGAGAAAAAGGCGCAAGCCAAAGAGGCAGGCAUGGUGCGUACCGAAAUCGAUGCAGCUGUCGUCGCAGAUGAAAUGGAAAAGGAACGACGUCUCUAUCAGUUGCAAACGUGUGAGUAUUUAUUGAAAUAUAAGGAAAUUAAAACAAAAACUGGUAUAGAGCUGCUGCAGCAUUUCAUCGAGUAUUAUCACGCGCUAAAUAAUUACUUCAAGGAUGGCUUACAAACAAUCGAACACUUUGGCACGUACAUUAGCGAUUUAAGCGAGAAACUGCAAUUGAUCAAGCAAAAGCAAGAUGAAGAUCGACGCAGUUUACUCGAUUUACGAACACUAUUGCGCAGUACGCCCGAUUUUGAGCGAGCGGAUAAUAUGCCGGAGAAGGGUGCCGCUAAUGCUGGUGGUUAUUCKCUGCACCAAUUGCAGGGCGAUAAGCAUCACGGUGUGACACGCUCAGGCCAUCUGUUGAAAAAGAGUGAGGGCAAAGUGCGACGAGUCUGGCAGAAAAGACGUUGUCGUGUAACAGCUGACGGUUUUUUGGACAUUUGCCAUGCGGAUGAGUCGAAGCCGCCAACACGCGUCAAUUUAUUGACAUGCCAAAUUAAGCCCGUACCAGAUGACAAACGCGGCUUUGAUCUAAUCAGUUACAAUCGUCCAUACCAUUUUCAAGCUGAAGAUGAGGCAGACCAAAAAGCCUGGAUGGCAGUUCUGGCUAACUGCAAAGAGAAGGCUUUAGCUAAAGCAUUCCAACAUGCGAAUCCGCAAAUGAGUCCAAGUCUUGUGGAACUUCAAAAGACUGUUAUACGAUACGUCCAAAUGCUACCCGGCAAUGAUCAGUGUUGCGAUUGUGGUUCCCGAAAUGAUGUCACAUGGAUCAGUUUAAAUUUCGGCAUACUCGUUUGCAUACAAUGCUCGGGUGUGCAUCGUGAUCUGGGUGUACACCAUUCCCGUAUACAAAGCCUCACAUUAGACAAUUUGACCACAGCAAAUCUAUUAAUUGCGCGUGCCAUGGGUAAUAGUACACUAAAUGACAUAAUGGAAGCCACGUUGGGGAAGGGUAAACUCACACCAGAUAGUACAAUGGAAGAGCGUUAUGAUUUCAUACGCGCGAAAUAUGUUGCAAAACGUUAUGUGAUGCGCACGUGUGCGGACGACAAUGAAUUGCGUUGUGAUCUCGAACAAGCCAUUGUCAAUGCGGAUAUUAGUCAACUGUUGCAGGUCUGGGCUGAAGGCGCUGACCUUACAUGUUGCCUGCCAUCGUCAGAUGCGGGCGAGACAGCAUUGCAUUUGGCUGUGUUGCGUGAAAUGAUGGGUUCCACAUUGCAUAUUGUCGAUUUUCUUAUACAGAAUAUGCCACCAAAGGGUCUUAAUAAGUCCACCAACCCGCCAAGUAUUAUUGACGCGAUCGGCAAGAAUACCGCAUUACAUUUGUGUGCACUGCACGAUCGUCGUGAAUGCAUGAAAUUGUUGUUACGUUCCGGGGCCGAUUACGAACUGCGGAAUUCUCAAAAUAAAACACCACUCGACAUAGCCAAAGAAAUGGGUCAUAAUGCCUGCAAAGAGCUGAUUGAGUGUGCAAUGCGGCGCGAAAAGAGCGCCUUUGAUCACAUCAACACAGAUUGGAAUUUGCCAAACGAAGAUGGAUCUACCGAUUUCUCUGAUGAUGACACAAUGGUUGAUGAGCGGAAAUCGCGUUCUCGUCCACCUAGCUUUGCUGGCGGCGAUUCGCCGGUGUUGCGAUCUCGUUCCUCAACUUGUGAUUCAAUACAAAGCAGUUCUAGUCCAAUUGCCAACUGCCCAAGUCGACAGUUCACAUUACCGUCCGGUGUACCCACUUACCCACAAUCGGCGGGCACWUCGCCAAAGCAGCAUGUAGCAAUGGGUCAGUAUUUAAGUGGUGGUGCCGUUAUUGAUAGCGUUGGACGUGGUUCCACCAACGCUGGAGGUGGUGGCGGCUCCAGUCCGAGUUCUGCUUCAAGUCAAAGUGGACGAAUUUCUAGAAGUAUUGCCAGCAGUGARCURGURCACAUACCAGGCGCUCGUAAGUCAACAUCUGCAGCAAAUAUGAAUUCGCUAAAAAAGCGUACAGCACCGGCUCCGCCGCCUGGUGUGACAUCAACUGCUAAUACAACAACAACCAAUUCUAUGUAUGGCACAUUGCCUCAUCCACCGCGACAUUCUCAAAAUUUUGAUACAACCGAUUUACGAAAUCUAAAUCAUAAAAAUCAGUCGAUGGAUGUGGUAUAUGGUACACUGCCGCAUUUGCGUUCAGUGGAUAGCAGCCCACGUAUCAGCGGCAGUCAUGGUGCCAUGCAUAGUUUUUACGAUCGCUAUGAUAAGACACAAGUUGUAUCCCAAGACCCGAAUGGCAGUAGUGGAGGUGGUGGUAAUAUGAUACCAGUUCUCACAACAUUUGGUCAYAAACGCUCGCCUAGCGGUGAAUCUGUGAAUCGUAACAUCCACUUGGCUGGCGCAAAAUUGGUACUACCGCCUGCGGGUGAAAUUCCUCAACUAAAGCACGUUGACAAAUCUGCUUUAACACGUCCGAAAAUUCCACCGCCAGGACCGCCACAAGAACGUGAUAUUUCUAAUGGGCAAUCAAAUGAGAGUAUUUGUUCGCUGGAGGAUACAGGACCCAUUGCGCCACCCAGAAAGCGCAAAAUAACAAAUCUAUUGAGAAUAUCCCAACCAAGUGAAGAGACGCUCAUCAACCAAUCAAUAAACUAUAGUGAUUACGAGCAAUGGCAUACAGAAUUAGAUUCCUCCGUUAUUGGCGGCGGCCAUGGGGGUGGUGAUGGCAACGGCCGUGGUGGCAGUGGCAGUAGCGGUGGUGGCUUAGAUAACUCCGCCGACUCUAAUCUGUCAAGUGAUAAUGAUCGUAUUAGUUCUUCGCCAGACAAUCAAUUAAAGAGCGGCUCAAGCAACASCGGUGGUGGAAAAUUUAAUUAUAAUGGACAUCGUCGCUGUCGCGCUUUGUACGAUUGCGCUGCUGAUAAUGAUGAUGAACUAGAAUUCAAGGAAGGAGAGAUAUUAAUCGUGCUCAAUGAACGCACAGAUGAUGAAAAUUGGAUGGAAGGUGUGAUUGAGGGUGAUCCCUCACGGCAUGGCAUGUUUCCAGUUAGUUUUGUGCAUAUGCUGCCAGAUUAAAUGGUUACAUAAUAGGUAUACAAAGAUUGCGAUGGAUAAUAUAUCGCAAAGGAAUGCCACGCAUUAUCCCAACGACUUACUCAGUGUAAAAGUGAAGCGAAAGGAAAAGAAAAUUGCGGUAAACCUAAGUAAUAGUGACGCACAGACCAAAACGUAUUAUAACUUUAUACUAAAUGUAAUAUGGAAACAAUAGAAAACUUUAAAUAUUUCCUUGCUAGAUGAUAAAGAAAAUGCUACUACUACCAUUUGCUUAAUAUAUAACACUAUUGUCCUGGUGAUAUGCUAAUAAUCAUAAUUAUAUACUCAUAGAUAUACUCAUAAGGAAUGCAUUAGUUGCGAUAGUGUUUAUAGCUAUAAAAUAUAAAAUACCUAUAAAACUUCCACGAUGCAAGUGUUGAUUAUUGAAUAUAUGUGCGGCUAUUUAUUCAUGCGUGCGACACAUUUGUUUUACGAAAAAAUGCCUAAGAGCGAAUUUGAAAUAGUUGAAUUAGUUAUAUAUUUUUUAAAUUGGUUAAAUUUUUUAAUUGAAGUUAAAUAAAAAUUCAUAUUUACGACAAAUUAGAAAAAAUAAUGCUCGAUGAUUCAAUAAAUUUCAGACUCAAAACAUAUCGACAUACUGAAAAUCAUGUAUUAAAUAGUCAUUCAGUUUAUCAGCAAGAAUCUUGUAGUAUUCAUAUUCGCAAUUUUAUUUCGCAAAUAUUUACAUUAUAUUUGAAACGUUAGAAUAUAAAAGUCGUACAUGUUUAUAAGAUACAUUCAACCAAUAUUUAUACGUGUCAACAAAGAAUUUUUAAAUAAAUGUUUAAAGAUACUAAAAAGCAAAUUUAUUGCAUCUGUUAGUAUUCAUGUUGAUUCUUAUUGUACAUUGUCGCUGUUAUCAAAGAAAUUUAUAAGCUUGUCUGCAGAGUGUCUAAUAUUAUUGUGCUGCCAUAGCAAGAAAGAAAUGUAUAAUUAUAAUUAAAAUGAUAAAAAAAAAUAAUUUCAUUGCUUAACAAAACAGGAGGAGUUAACAAUAUAAAGACAAAUUGGUAUGACUUUUGCAGACUAUUAUCACAUACUUCAUUAUUAUAAAAAGAAUAUAUUUUAGUACUGCUUACACAAGUAAAUUAAUUAAAAGGAAUGCAUAAGUUAAUAAAGUCAAAGCAUACAGAAAAGUUUAUAUAAUUAAUAAAAAAAAAAAUUAAAAACACAUUUAUGUAUUCAUAGUAUAUAACAAAGUUAUUCCAACGUUAAAAAUGCAAAARUAAAGGAAAAUUUAUCUUUAAUUGUAAAGUAUUAGCGAUUAGAAACAAAUUCAUAUAAAAAAUCAAAUCAAAACUGUUGUACCUACAGUUGUGUAUCGAAAUUGUAAAGAUAUAUGUAGAAAACUAUAGAUUGUAUAAUAAUUAUGAUUUAGGUUCUAUUUACAUAUAUUUAUAAUUUUUUAUCUGCAUAAUGCAUCUCAUGUGUAUGAUUUACCUUUAUAUGCUUUAUAUUUUCUCUAAAUGGUUUUGAAACAAAUUGUUGUUAGAUAUUUUUGUACUAUAUUUUACAUAGGUUGUCAGCGGCGUUUUUUAGGUUCUGACAAUAUAUUUUAUAUAUUUCCUUUUCAUAUUCCUUGCAUUUGUAGGUACGUAUAUGUACAUAUCCACAGAAUGUGUAUUAUACUUAUACUCGCUUCAGUAUUCAUCAACUGUAAUCAUUACUAUUAGCACUAUUAUAUUACAGCGACUAUCAAAAAAUGAAAUCUUCAAAGUUACUGUCUGUAUACAAAACAAUAAACUAAAAGUAUCAUUAUAUAAUAAUUUAAUUUAUAUUUUAAUAGAUCAAUAAUAUAUUUAUAUAUUUUACUAAGCGAAACAUACACAAUGACAACUAAGUACWCUGUUUAUUAUGUCACAAAUAUUGUAAUUAAAGGUUGUUAUUGUGUUGUCUGCAUGUUUGUAUAUUUAUCCCAAAGUCAUACUCACACUAUAUUCAGUAAUGUACUCUAUAUUUAUUAUCAAUUCUAUUUUUUAAUUAUUGAAUAAAUGUAGAAGAAGUAAGUUGUUCGAUGUCCAACAAAAUUGUUAGGAGGUUAAACCAACAUUUAACAACCACAGACGUUUUUGUGUACACAUACAUAUUUGUAUAUAUUUUCCUUGCCCUUUGAAUAGUUUUUAAUAGUUACUAGCUGUGGUAAGGUUAUAUGAAAAUAAAGUUAAAGUACAUAUGGAUAUGAACAAAACAUUAAAUAAACAAAUGGUUGAAUUAUCAUGAUCUAAA